CGGAAAUGCUCAUUUCUAACACAAGAAAGCACCAGCGGCGGCCCUUGGGAACGAGAAAUAGGAAGAGGAGAAAAAGAACAGAAAACAAACCACCCUCUUGAUUUCUCUCCUCUUUCUCCCUCGGAGCUUUCAAAGUAAAACCUAAACCGUCGACAAUGUCUCACUCAGAAUCCUCUAGAAAUUCUCUCAUACCGAGCUUCCUCUACUCCUAUUCUUCUCCUCAGAAAUCCUUCGCUAACUCCACACCUUUCGUCGAUGCUCCUGUUGCGCCAUCAGCUCCUUCCUCCACCAGGCGGAGCUUCUUUGUGCCGGCUCCCAGCGAGCCUGGCAAGAUUGAGAUGUACUCCCCCGCUUUUUACGCCGCCUGUACCGCCGGUGGUAUCCUCAGCUGUGGACUGACUCACAUGGCCGUCACACCUCUCGAUCUUGUCAAGUGUAAUAUGCAGAUUGACCCUGCUAAGUACAAAAGCAUAUCAUCUGGUUUUGGAGUUCUCCUCAGGGAGCAAGGAGUGAGGGGCUUCUUCAGGGGAUGGGUACCUACCCUCCUUGGUUACAGUGCUCAGGGAGCUUGCAAGUUUGGAUUUUAUGAGUUUUUCAAGAAGUACUACUCUGACCUUGCUGGUCCAGAGUAUGCUGCUAAGUAUAAGACCUUGAUUUACCUUGCUGGCUCUGCAUCUGCUGAGGUGAUUGCUGAUGUUGCACUUUGCCCCUUUGAGGCAGUGAAGGUUCGUGUUCAAACUCAACCUGGCUUUGCCAGAGGUCUGUCGGAUGGACUUCCUAAAUUUGUCAAAUCUGAGGGUGCUCUUGGUUUGUAUAAGGGUAUUGUUCCUCUCUGGGGACGUCAGAUUCCAUACACAAUGAUGAAAUUUGCUUCAUUUGAGACCAUUGUUGAGAUGGUCUACAAGUAUUCCAUCCCCACUCCAAAGGACCAGUGCAGCAAAUCUUUGCAACUUGGUGUGAGUUUUGCUGGCGGUUAUAUUGCUGGUGUCUUCUGCGCUAUCGUGUCUCAUCCUGCUGACAACCUUGUCUCUUUCCUCAAUAAUGCUAAAGGGGCAACUGUUGGUGAUGCUGUGAAGAAGCUAGGUUUGUGGGGGCUUUUCACCCGUGGGCUUCCUCUCCGUAUUGUCAUGAUUGGAACACUCACUGGUGCCCAAUGGGGAAUUUAUGAUGCAUUCAAAGUUUUUGUGGGACUGCCAACCACUGGUGGAGUUGCUCCUGCAGCCACUGCUCCAACUGAGCUUGCAAAGGUGUAAUACAUUGAUCACGGAAUAUUUUUUGUCAUUGUUGUGGAAUCUGGGAGAACUUGGUAGGAUUAAUAAACAUAGGAUUUGCUAAAGGUGCUUGAGUGGCCUCUCAAGUAGAUGGAGUAUUUUUUUCACAUUCAAAACUUAUUUUGAUCAAUAUUUGUCUUGGCAAGGAUGAUUUUGUUUACAUCCUACAACUUCGAAACUUUUUGUUGUUAGAUUAAUAUAUGAAUUUUCAGUUGAAUGUUAAAGAUCACAGGUUUCCCCCAUCAAGAACGGGCAACCAAAAUAAUAAGGGUGUAUUGCAUUGAGAUACUAUUAUGUAUGUCCCUCUUUCAGGUCA